GGAAAAUGGGUUCUACGCUUUUUGGCCAAAAGGCAUAUGAUUCUUGGUACGAUUUUGGCGAAACAUCAUUCUCUGCUUAAUCAAUCGAAGCAAUACUGAAAUCAGUUGCUCAAAUGGCGGCAAAGCCUCAAACGCCCACGAUAAAAAUCGAUUUCUGGGAGCCAGACGCCGCAAGCACUAACAGCGGAGCAGUCAAAAAGAUCUCGGUGGAAAAACCUUCUGUGAACAAACUGAAACUCAAGUACAAAACCGAGCGACUUAGAAGCUACAGCAAUAGUCUCAGGGAUGCUGUUAUGACUAACAAUCCCGAGGCGAUUCCUAGAAUUGUCAAAGAGGAAGGAGUCAAAGUCAAUGAAAUGAGCAAGAACGGCGUUCCAUUGAUUCACGAGGCAGCAUUUGAUGGAAAACUGGAAUGUGUGAAAGCGUUGCUGGAUUGUGGAGCGCAAGUAAACACGCAGGAUAGCGAGGACUGGACUGCACUGCAUGCAGCCGUCUUGGGCGGCCAUGUGGAACUUGUGCGUUUGUUGAUCCACAAAGGCGCCGAUGUGUACGCUGAAACAAUCGAGAGGUACAUUCCCUUUCACAUCGCGAUAGAGAAAGGUGACGAAGACAUGAUCGCCAUAUUGGUGGAGGAGAUGGCUAAACUGUCGUCGUUUAAGGGAAGCUAAGUAACUAAGAGCAAUAAAGGAAAUCACUCUAUUUGCGAGAUUGUAUCAAGCAAUGAAAAAGCUCUCUUUUUAGAUUCAUGUAAUAUCUAGUGACUUAAUUUUUGUUGAGCUGUGUUGUAGAGUUUAAAUACGCGUUAGAAUUUAACUUCGACUAAUCUUAUCUACCUCGCUUCCGCUAUUCUCACUUUCCAAGCAUUUCUAAGCUUUAAAUGGAGGUGUAAGGCACACGAUACUACUGAAGGCUGAAUGGGGUAUCAUGUUGCGCCUCAAGUAUGUACAGCGUUAUGUUUCAGUUGUAAACGCGAGCCAUGAAAAUCAGUAAUUUUCAGAAUUGGUUACGCACCUCAUUCAGGCCUACAUGAUAAAAAAAGCGCUGACGAAGGGCUAACGCUCGAAACGUCUGCUUCGAAACUCUUUACGGUGGCCAAUUUACGUUAUUUAGUCAGUUGGUAAUACUAAAUUACCCUGUUAUACUCUCCCACCAAG